CGAACGUCCGAGGGAAAGGGCUGGGCGGCGCCUUCACGAAGCGCCGGGAGACGCGCGCCUCCCGUCGAAAUAGCCGUCCGAUUCUCCUCAAUCUGAGAGGAUUAUCCCGUAAUUGAAAUCUGCAAACCCCAAUCGUCUUCCUCCGGCGGCGGCUCUCAUGGCGUCCAAGGCGCUUCUUCCUCGGGAGUGCCUCCCCCGGCGCAGUCCCCGCGGCGGCUUGGAGCCGAUUACAGUCUACGUCCGCGUCGACGAGGAGGGGAACUAUCACCCGAGGUACAUCUCCGCCAAAGUUGGGCGAGUGUUCCGAGAUCUCCAGGAUCUUAAACAAGCAGUCCGUACAUUCUACACCAGCCUCUACAUCGCCCGUCACCUCCUAAAGAGGCCUCUGGCUCCGCCGCCGUCUCCGACCGACGAGGUAUUCCAGUUCAAGUUCGUGGUGGAACCUGCAGCAGAUGUGUCGUCCCUCAAGGCUAGUACAUCAUUGGAGGAGAAAUCGUCCGGUUCCGACAAGGUUCCUGAUGAGAAGCCUGCAGAGGUGUCUUCCCUCAAGGACUCGCUCAAGGCUACAACAUUGGAGGACAAAUCGUCUUCCUCUGGGCAGCAGCCGGAUCAGGACACGGUUAUGGCCUCACCACCAUCAGCGAACUGCCUUGCCUCACCUUCUGGACCAGGCAUUUGGCAACGAGAACGACAGGACUGGUGUUUCGGAUAUUACAUCAGGCUUGAUCUUAAGGGAUCUUUCCACACAUAUCCGAAUGCAGGCGGGCCGUUUAAGAGCUUAGAGGAAGUCGAUAAGGCUAUGGAUCGCUAUUUUCAUCAACAUCGGGAUCCAAAGCUGCUAAUGAAUAAAGGUGGGGUUCCGUCACGAGAGAUUUCUAUAGAAAAAGCUCGUUAUUGGCCUGAUGGCAGAAGGAAGAAGCUUUCCAGAUCCUAUAUCAUCAAGCAAUUCCAUAAUCAAAUGCGCCGAUUACUUCAAGCUUUGGUGGACAAGCAUAAUGAGGAUCACAGCCUUUCGGGGGAUCUUGCAUAUGAACUCAAAGAUGUUUUGCACGCCACAACAAUUUCUGAGGGGCGUACUACAUGCUACUAUCAUCUCAAUUUCACGGUGACUAAAGGAGCUGGUGAUUCUAACACUGGCAUUGAAAACCUUUUCUUUGCGGAAGUCAAAUGUGUGCUACAAGGAAAAGAAGAGGAAUUUUCGGUCACCUGUUUCUGCCCGGUUGAAUCUACCGAUAAUGGAUACUGCUAUGGUUGUACCAUGCAUAGGGAUGUCAAUAUGAAGCACCCCAUCAGUGCCGAUGCAUACCUUGCCGGUCAGGUGAAGGCGGGAUAUUAUUGUUAUGAAGGCUGCAGCAGCGACUCAGACGACGAAAAUAUGGAAGCUAAGAAAGGAAAGGUAAGAUAUAUUUGGACGGACGGUUGCUGAUAAAACGUGUAUGAAGAUGUUGACGCAGCCUCCGACUAUGAGGGCUUUUGACGCCGACAACAUGACUUUUGACGACGCCAAAACCUACGUUUAGCUAAAAUAAGUAGACGUAGCAUAAAAUUUGAGAUGAGCAUAGCACAACAAGGCCAGCUUGCCUCCAUGUCAGAGAAAAAACAACUUGAUUGCUCCUACUUUCGUACGCAACAUCUAUGCUAGUA